AUGCAGCCUUUCCUCUGCCGCCACAGCGCCAUGUUUGCGGGGAACGGAGGACCCGCACCCGCGUACGGGGCCGACCCAGGCGAAGAGGGAGCACAUGACCGGCUGCUGCAGCUGUCGUAUCCGGACACAGACGCCAUCCUCAUGUGCUUCAGCAUUGACUCGCCCGACUCCCUGGAGAACAUCCCGGAGUCGGAGAGCAUGGAGACACGCCUAUGCCGCUCCAGCGCCGUGCUUGCGGGGAACGGAGGACCCGCACUCGCGUACGAGGCCGAGCCAGGCGAAGAGGGAGCACAUGAGCGGUUGCGGCCGCUGUCGUAUGUAAACACAUACGUCAUCCUCGGGUGCUUAACAUUAACUUGCCCGGUUCCCUGGAGAACAUCCCGGAGUCGGUGA